AUGGAGAAGCUUCGGAGAGUGGAUGAUGCUGGUGAUAAUCGUUGGGCGGAAUUGCAAGAACGAUUUGUUUCGGAAGCGCGUGACAAAGAAGCUGAUGUUUUGUUUCUGGGCGAUGAUCAUAUAGCUUUGCUUGAACAGUCAAUAAUGUAUCGAGAAAAUUUAGCCCCACUACACUGCUUAUGUUUUGGUGCUUUUGGCGACAAAAUCUCGAAUUUGUUAUGGAGGCUUGAAAAUAAUAUUUUGGAAGGCUUGAAUCCCAAAGUGAUUGUUGUAUCAAUUGGCAAUUCGGAUUUCGAUUUAACUGAGGAACAAAUGUUGGAAGCUCUGAAAAGUGUCGCUGGAACUAUUCGAAAGCAGAAGCCGUCAGCAAAAUUGUAUUUUAUGAAACUUCUCCCAUCCGGAAGAAGACCCAACAAACGACGUGAAUUAGUGAAUCGAAUCAAUGAAAGUUUGGAAAAUGUAUUGAAAGGUGUGGCAGAUGUGAUCGAUGUGGAACCUUCCAUACAAGGUACGAAUGGCCAAAUUGAGUCUCACUAUAUGUUUGAUUAUGUUCAUCUUACUCAAGAAGGUUAUCGGAAAAUCUAUGAGCCCGUCCUUGUUGCUGUAAAUGCAGCGCUUAAUCCAGACCCAUGA